AUGUCGGCAAACAUCAACAUUCGUCGUGAUGUCAGCGACAAAUUCUAUCGCUACAAAAUGCCAAAGCUGAUUUCAAAGAUCGAAGGCAAAGGCAAUGGAAUCAAGACGGUCAUUCCCAACAUGUCCGAAGUUGCCAGGGCCCUCAGCCGUCCCAGCACCUACACCACCAAGUUCUUUGGUUGCGAACUUGGUGCUCAGGUCAACUGCGACGCCAAGAACGACCGCUACGUCGUCAACGGUGCGCAUGACGCCGAGAAGCUGCAGAAGCUUUUGGACAUUUUCAUUGAGAAAUUCGUCUUGUGCGCUUCGUGCAAGAACCCGGAGACUGUCUUGGUCCUUACCAAAGAUGACUUUAUUAUGAAGGACUGCAAAGCCUGUGGUGCCAACCUUAUGGCCGACAACCGCCAUAAAUUGGUUACCUACAUCAUCAAGAACCCCCCAACCAAUGCAAAGAGGAGCAAAAAGUCCAAGAACGGGGCUGACGGCAAGAAGGGCAUGCCCACUCCGCCCGAGACCGCUUCCAACGGCUCCGAUGAUGAAGACGCCGACGACGUCACGGCCUUCAUGGACGCCGAAGCCGCCGCGGCCGCCGCGCUUCCCGUCUCUCGCGACGUGGACGAUGACGAUUGGGCUGUUGACACCAGCGAGGAUGCCGUCGCUGCCCGUAUGAAGGAGCUGGCUGUUGGGGGCGCCGUCGCUAAGCUUACCGAAGCUGAUGAUGAUGAGGAUGACCAAGAUGACCCCCUCGAGCAAUUCGCCGAAUACAUCACCACCCACCCCAACGCCUCCGACAGCGACCUCCAUACCGCCGCCACCAAUCUCUCCAUUCGCCCGGACAAAGCCUGCGCUGUCCUCGCCCAGGUCCUCCUCACCUCCGCGGUGCUCACCAACAACGAAAUCCCCAAACGCGCCCCCUUGAUCCGCACCUUCUCCAAAACCGAAAAAGCGCAAAAGAACCUUCUGGGCGGCAUCGAGCGUCUCGUCGGCGUCUCGCACAAGGAGCUCAUGCCCAAGAUCCCGAUGAUCCUUAAAGCGCUGUAUGAUGAGGAUUUGGUGGAUGAGGAGGUGUUCUUGGCGUGGGGGGAGAAGCCGAGCAAGAAGUUUGUGGAGAGGAAGAUUAGUAAGGAGAUUAGGGAGCGGGCUGCGCCGUUUUUGGCGUGGUUGAAGGAGGCGGAUGAGGAGAGUGAGGAGGAGGAGGAGAGUGAUGAAGAGUGA